CAUGUUUUGUUGUGUUAUCGCAGCAUCAGUUUUGGUGAAACAAAAAUCAACCCAGCUCCGCAUCUGGUUCGAAAUUCCUCACUAUGAACGACGACCGGUCGGACAGUUCCGUGACUUCGAUUGAAGACGACGACGAGGAACGCACGGACAACACGGAAAACCUGUGCGAGAACCCCACGAGAGACAUCCUGACGGAGGGCUUCUUCCGCCUGUUCAAGCCUGUGAUUGACGAUCUGGAGAACAACAUCCGGGGCGCCCGGUUGAGCCAGGUGGAACUGCGCCAACAGCUGGACGAGCUGUCGGUGGAAAUGAAGAAUCUCAACUUUGAAAACGACCCGCAGCUGCACGAACAUUUCAAACGGAUGGUGCACAUCAAGCAGAAGGUGGUAGUGAUAAUGAACAUUCUUCAAGGGGCUCAGGACUUCUUUCUUUCAUUUCGCAGGAGCGCCUGGUAGCCAUAUGCCAACAGCAGGAGCAGGCUGCAGCUCCGCCUUUGGCUCAGGACAACUAGAGAAACCCUAAAAUUCAAUAUUGAACAUUUCCGGUAGCUUAAUCUAUUCUUAAUUUAUUCUCUAGGUUAAUUAGCGAAUAAACGAUUGAACCACAAUUACGCAAACAUAAAAA